CCUGAUUCCUCCACUUUCGUCCCUUCUCAUCGUGAAUCGUCGCGUCAAUAACAUCCCUUCCCAUCUUCUUCCACUUUUGCCCCGGAUAGAGCGCAUAGCAAGACCCUCCUCGCCUCUCCAGUUUCGACACGCUUCAAGAGGCUCUUUCCCGACUCUCGCUGUCUUCGCAGGCGCGCCCGAAUAACCUCACAGUCCUACACACUCCGCCUAUCCGUUCGCCAUGAACUAUGUCCAACUUGAGAAGCUGGGUGAAGGUACCUAUGCUACCGUCUACAAGGGACGUUCUCGAACGACCUCCGAGAUUGUGGCGCUGAAAGAGAUUCAUUUGGAUGCGGAAGAAGGUACCCCGAGUACAGCUAUUCGAGAGAUCAGUCUCAUGAAGGAGCUCAAGCACGUCAAUAUCGUCCGCCUCCACGAUGUGGUUCACACCGAAUCCAAGCUCAUCCUCAUCUUCGAGUUUUGCGAACAAGAUCUCAAAAAGUAUAUGGAUGUUCACGGAGAUAGGGGAGCGUUGGAUUUGAAUACAGUGAAGAGCUUUACGCAUCAACUGCUGCAGGGUAUAGCAUUUUGCCACGACCAUCGUGUCCUGCACCGAGACCUCAAACCCCAGAACUUGCUCAUCAACAGGCGUGGAGAGCUCAAGAUUGGUGAUUUCGGUCUUGCGCGGGCAUUUGGUGUGCCGGUGAACACUUUUAGUAAUGAGGUGGUGACGCUCUGGUACAGAGCACCGGAUGUGUUGCUCGGGUCGAGGACGUAUAGUACGAGUAUCGAUAUUUGGAGUGUUGGUUGCAUCUUUGCGGAGAUGAUCACUGGCUACCCGCUCUUCCGAGGACGAGACAACGCGGACCAGCUGGUACAGAUCAUGAAGAUUGUGGGAACGCCUAGUGAAGCUACGAUUGCCCAGAUCAAGUUGAACUCUCCCGAGAUCCAGAUCAAAGCACCUCUCGCCAAACACCCCAAACAACCCUUCCACGCCAUCGUCCCCCGCGCCCCGCGCGACGCCAUCAACCUCCUCGAACACCUCCUCCAAUUCGAGCCCUCCCGCCGCUACGACGCCCACACCGCCAUGCAGCACCCCUACUUUACCUCUGGCCCCAUCGCGCCGCCGACUUUGUAUGAUGCGGGUGCGUCGGCGUUGUCGCGGGCGGCGGGCGGGAAUGCGGGGGUGGGGGCGAAUGGGCAGGGGAUGAGUGCGAGUAGUUUGGCGUUGCCGCCGAGUGUGGCGGCGAGGGCGAAUCAGGCUAGUGCGGCUGUGCAGGCUCAGCAGGCUGCUCAGGCGCAGGCGCAGGCGCAACAACAGCAGGCUCAGGCUCAGGCUCAGCAGGUGCAGCAGGCGCAACAGCAGCAGGCUCAGCAGCAGCAGUACAAUAGGAUGAUGGCUGAACAGGCUGCUAUGCAGGGGUACUAUGACCCUCAACAGGUGCAAGCCCAUCACCACGCCCAAGCCCAGGCUCAGGCUCAGGCUCAGGCUCAGGCGCAAGCACAAGCUCAACACGCGGCGCAGAUGCAGCAGAUGCAACAGGGGUACUACAUGGGUAACGGCGGUAGGCAGGGGCACUAGAGUGGAAGGGGAAUGAGAAGGGACUGGGAGGAGAGUUGAGUGUUUCUGCUAUGAACUAGUGUUGGUGUCGUGUUUAUACUUUCAACCUCUACGUAAACGGUGUUUUUGAAUUCGCAAUAUAGUCUCGCACUUGGUUUGAUGCAUACCCACACGAAAGUCGCGCAUUGAA